AUAAAAACAAAACACCUGUAUGGCUACCACUCUCCUCAGUCCUCUCCCUCCCGGUUUUCCUCUUUCCCCAACUCCCCCAUCCCAUCCCUUUUUCCUACCUCUCUGGUUUAGAAAUUGCUCAAUCUGUCAUUUGGGGUUUGGCAUUCUGCCCAGCCCAGCCACUUCCCGGACACGCAGACCUCUCUGUUGCUUUAUGUUGUAUGUGUCCCCUCGCCAUCCCGACUUCCUCUGCAGCCUCAACCCCAGUCCUCUCCUGGCACCAGCACCUUAGGAAUUGUUGGCAGAAGGCACUUAAACUGUGGGAGAAAGGUGCAGACCUUUGAAUACCUUUCCCCUGAGGUUAAACCUCCUAUCAGACUCUCAGAAAGGUCUGGAGGUGUUGUCUUUUAGGCAAAGAGGGGAGGGUUUAGAGGUACUUAUGUAUGUGUUGCUAGGCUGUUUCUACACGUUUGAAUUUUUGGUUGAAGAGGGAGAUAUCAUGCUCCCAUAAUUUAUGGGAGUGAAGAAAGUACUGAAAUCAAAUUAAAUACUCCUUGGGUCUUAGGUCACGUUGGCCCUAGCCCUGGGCUGAGGCAAACCCCCUUCUGUGGGGAUAAGCAAAAAUAUUACUCUACUUUGCCCUGAAUUGCUUUCUGGAUCUGAGGCUUCAGGACUCAUUGCUUCAGUCAGCCUUUAUUAGCACCAAAGACUUCACAAAGGUCCCACACAAGAACACACCCCUGCCCCACCUCUAUCCUACAUGCAGUGGGAUCUGGCUCUAUGGCUGGAGGACCAGCCCCUCCAGUGGGAAUGCAGAGCUUAACGUGUGUACUGCUUGUGUGUGUGUGUGUGUGUGUGUGUGUGUGUGUGUGUAUUUCACCUCCCACUCUUUCCCCAUCUGCUCUGGGUGUUUUUGUUUUUGUUUGAGGUUUACACAGAGAGGAGUUAAUUUAUCAACAGCCUGAAACUGUUGCCACUUUUUCGUAUAGUUUAAAAAAAAAUUGCAAUCUCAUGCACAGCUCCCUUCCUCCUCCCCCACCCUCCCGAUCUGCCAAUCACCCUUUCAUGCCUGUGUAUCCCAGGCCUCUCUGUUUCCCCACCUCCUCCAGAUGUGUGAGGCAGAGAGCCUGGACAGCUUUCCUGUCAGUCAUUGUUCACCCUACUUGAAAAUUAAAACAAGAAAACUUUGCUUAAGAGAUUUCACCUGUGGGAACCACAAUUCCUGGUUGCCUUUCUCCUGUGUAUGUGUAAAUUCCUUAAUAAAUAUUGCAGGGAAGGACCCUUUGCUUGGCUGUUAAUGUGUGUCACUCAUGGAGGAGGUAUCCCCAGGGUGCUGCUUAGAAACCUGGAGCCUCCAGCUGCCUGCCGAGGAGAGGGAUGGAGCUCAAGACGAGAAGGUCCUUGCGAGCCUAGACAUUAAAAGGUCCAGACUCUGGAUUUUGGUACUGUAUGUUCCCUGGGUAUGCGAGAGUGGAGGACUCCAGCACAACUGUGAAGCCCGAGGUCCCAGCAGUUUGCUUACCCAAAGUGGCCAAAACCAGAUAGGACCUUCUGUCUUGUGGGCUGAGGCAGAGAGCCCCGGAAAGGAGUGCUGAAGUCAUCAUGCUACAGCAGCUCCUGAUCACCCUGCCCGUGGAGGCCAGCACCUGGGUGAAGUUGCGCCAUCCAAAGAAGGCCAAGGAGGGGGCGUCCCUGUGGGAGGACGUGACUAAGAUGUUUGAAGGAGAAGUUUUGCUCUCUCAGGAUGCUGAUGAGACCCAGGGAGAAAGUUUUGAGGAUCAAGUCACCUCCAGGCCCUCAACAGUGAAAUCUCAGGGACUGUUGACCUUCAAGGACAUAUCGGUGGACUUCACCCAGGAGGAGUGGGGGCAACUGGCCCCUGCUCACCGGAAUCUGUACCGGGAGGUGAUGCUGGAGAACUAUGGGAACCUGGUCUCAGUGGGAUAUCAGUUCUCCAAACCUGGUGUGAUUUCCCAGUUGGAGAAGGGAGAAGAGCCAUGGCUGAUCGAGAAAGAGAUAUCAGGAAGUCCAAGUUCAGACUUGGAGAAUAAAACAGAAACGAGGGAGUCAGCCUUAAAGAAUGAUAUUUCAUGGGAAGAAUUACACCAUGGCCUAAUAAAGGAACAGUCCACGAGAGGAAGCACCUUAUAUUCAACACUGGGAAGAGUCUCCAAAUGUGAUAAGUUAGAAAGCCACCAGGAAAACCAAGGAAUGGGUGAUGGGAAAAUCCCCUUGACCCACAAGAAAACACUCACUCAGGAGAGAGGCCAAAAAUCUAACAGAUUUGAGAAAAGUAUUGAUGUGAGUUCAAAAGUUAUUCCCAGACCAGAAGGUCCUCCAAGAAUAAAAGACCAUAAGUAUGAUAUAUCUAGAAAGAGAAGUAGAUACAAUUUAGAUUUGAUCAAUCAUUCAAGGAAUUAUACAAGAAUGAAAACCUUUGAAUGUAAUAUUUGUGAAAAAAUCUUCAAACAGCUCAUUCACCUUACAGAACACAUGAGAAUUCAUACUGGAGAGAAACCUUUCCGAUGUAAAGAAUGUGGAAAAGCCUUUAGCCAAAGUUCAUCCCUUAUUCCACAUCAGAGAAUCCAUACUGGUGAGAAACCCUAUGAAUGUAAGGAAUGUGGGAAAACCUUCAGACAUCCAUCAUCUCUUACUCAACAUGUUAGAAUCCACACUGGGGAGAAGCCCUAUGAAUGUGGUGUAUGUGAGAAAGCAUUCAGCCAGAGCAUUGGGCUGAUUCAGCAUCUGAGAACUCAUGUUAGAGAGAAACCUUUCACCUGCAAAGACUGUGGAAAAGCAUUUUUCCAGAUUAGACACCUUAGGCAACAUGAGAUUAUUCAUACGGGUGUGAAACCCUACAUUUGUAAUGUAUGCAGUAAAACCUUCAGCCAUAGCACGUACCUAACUCAACACCAGAGAACUCAUACUGGGGAAAGACCCUAUAAAUGUAAGGAAUGUGCGAAAGCCUUUAGCCAGAGAAUUCAUCUUUCUAUUCAUCAGAGAGUCCACACAGGAGUGAAACCUUAUAAAUGCAGUCAUUGUGGGAAAGCCUUUAGGCAUGAUUCAUCCUUUGCUAAACAUCAGAGAAUUCAUACUGGAGAAAAACCUUAUGACUGUAAUGAAUGUGGAAAAGCCUUCAGCUGUAGUUCAUCACUUAUUAGACAUUGCAAAACACAUUUAAGAAAUACCUUCAGCAGUGAUAUGUGAUAUAUGUUCAACAUCAAAGAAUCCUCAUAAUGGAACAAAAGCCUCUAAAUCAGGUUUUCUGACUUUUGGAUUUUAAGAAGCAAUGAUUUUCUCUAAGGAUUUGACCCAAUUUACAACUUUCAAUUUUGCUAUGUUAAAGAAACUAACAUUGAUACAGAAAAGAAAGGUCAUUUUAAUAUUUUUAAAUAUAGGAAGGAUGUAAUCAUUAGGAAUAACACCCUUAACACUGAAUUAAGUUAACUAUGAAAAUCUCCCAAAUUUGUCUUUAUUUUUCUCAUUUCAUUAUGGGCCAGUGAAAAGUUCAUUAUGGCAAUUACUGAUACUUGGAUUGGCUUUUGAGAAUCACUGUUUUAAAUAGUCCUUAAAUAAUCAGAAUAAAAUAUGAAGUAUAAUUUUUUUAACUAUAGCCCUUUAUACGGCUAGAAGAGGUAUGAAUAAAAAUACUGAUUGGCUCAUUUCUAGAAUAAAUAGUGUUAAAGGAAGCUUUCUAGAAUUGAUAGACAACCUACUACACAUGAAAUACUUAAGUAUAUUUUAUGGUUUCUUGUAGAGAAUGGGCAAACUUUUCAUAAAGGGCCAGAGAGUAAAUAUGUUAGGUAUUGUGGGCCAUAUGAGCUCUGUCAGACCACUCAUCUCACCAUGUCAGUGCAAAAACAUCCAGAGAAACACAUGAACCAGGGUAACUCAGCCGUGACACUGCUGAUAGGCCAGAUGUUUUGGGCAGCUGUCCUAUGACCUACAGUGGGUUUAGCAGUAUAUCUGGCCACAAGUUGCCAGUCAUAGAUGCCAAUAGCUCCCCCCACCCCCCAUUGUAACAACCAAAAAUGUCUCCAGAUGUCACAAGAUGUGCUCUGGGGGUCAAGAUUGUACUCAUGAAGUAUUUGAAAACCACCGACCUAAAUGAAUGGGUGUAGCUCUGUUCAAAUAAACAAUAAACUUAGUGUAAAAAACCGGUGUUUGGUUGCAUU